AUGGCAGUUGAAGUGAAAGAGAACGAACAAAUUGAGGAUGAAGUUCGAAAACCUGUGACUUGUGAUGUAGAUGAUGAGGAUAACGAUGAACCGAAGGGUAAGGUUGUAAAUUAUAUAUUUCUUUGCAUGGGAAAAGUAGUCAGAGUCGGUAUUACUGUUUUGUAAUCAAAUUAUGUCUGAAAACCGUUCAAAAAUUUAAAAAUCAGCGUUUUAGAACCAGAAUCCUCUUAUCCAUACCAACUUCAACAAGAAAUACAUUCACAGGGCGCCGAAGCCCGGAUUCAUAAAUGUGUUUUCCUUGGAAAACCCGCGAUUCAGAAGACACGAUUCGAGAAAAAGUAUCGUCAUCCUGAGUUGGACAGAAGGUUAACAAGAGAAAGGCUGAGGAAUGAGAUGAAAUCGAUUGUAAGAUGUAAGGAAAUUGGAAUUCAAGUACCGUCAAUCUACUUUUUAAACACAGAAACCAAUGCUAUUAUCUUUGAGGAGAUUCAGGGAUGUUCUGUGAAGGAUUAUUUGGCGGAAAUCGAUCACAGCGAGGAUAUUAAGGUAGUUUUGUGUUGCUUUUUUGGAAAAAAAUCGUUAAAUUUAUUGUUGUUGAAUCGAGACUGAUUAUUAUUGUUUUUACGUAAAAAUGGGAUAAAAAUUUUUGGUUUUUGAUAAUAUUGGCUACUAAAAUGUCAUUUUUUUCCUUUAAAAUCUUUCUAAAACAAGGUUAAAUUAAAAGUUCCCAUAUUUCAGCCCCAAAUCCUAGAAAUAGCCAACUCAAUAGGCAAUGCCCUAGCCAAAUUGCAUCAAAACAAUAUUGCACAUGGUGAUUUAACAACCGGUAAUCUAAUGCUCAGAAAUCGUGAUCCAAAAAUUGUUGUUCUACUCGAUUUUGGCCUGUCCAGCUUCAAAUCAACUCCAGAAGACUUUGGUGUAGAUCUUUACGUAUUGGAAAGAGCGAUAAGAACGACCCACGUUGAUAUGGAAUACUUUACCGACCAAAUCCUGGAAGCUUAUCGCAAUUCGGGGUGGAAAGGAGCCAAAUCAGCGUUGGACAAGCUGGCUGAAGUUAGGAUGAGAGGCAGAAAACGGGAAAUGAUUGGCUAA